AUGAUAUCAACGAACCCUUCCCCCAGUACCCUCGUAUUGGUGUUAGGAUUCACAAGUUUUUCAGCCCUUCUAUAUAGGUGGUGGACCACGCCGUCAAACCGUCUUCCCCCUGGACCAAAGCGCCUCCCAGUUAUCGGCAAUGUAUUUGACAUACCCAAAGACUUCGCGUGGAUUACAUAUCAGAAGUGGUCGAAAGAGUAUGAUUCAGACGUUAUUCAUGUGGAUGCGCUGGGAACCCACCUGAUCGUCGUAAACUCUGCGAAGGCAGCGAACGAGAUCUUCGAAAAACGGUCGUCCAUAUACUCCGACAGGCCAGCAUUUGUAACUAUGAAAGAGAUCUUAAAAAUGAAGUGGGCGAUGGGAUUCACGUCAUACGGCGCAGACUGGCGGCGUCUACGGAAGGCAUUCCAUCAACACUUCCAACCCGUAGCAUCUGAGCAGUUUCACCCUAUCGAGGCGAGGGCGACUCUCGACCUUCUACAACGUCUUUUGCAUACGCCACAGGAUUUCAUUGACCAUAUCAGACACAUGGCAGGAAGGACCAUACUCGAGAUAGCGUAUGGGAUCGAAGUUCAACCUCAGAAUGACUAUUACAUCAAGACUGUUGAGAAGGCAUUGGACGCCAUGACAUUCGGCAGCUCCCCGAGAGCUAACGUCUUCGAGACGUUCCCUAUAUUGACACGCCUGCCUGACUGGCUUCCCGGCAUGUCACUCAAGAGAGAAGCAAAGGGUUGGAUUCCCUCAUGCAUACAGGUCGCAGAGGCGCCAUUUCGUGCCGUGAAAGAAGCCGUUGCCAAUGGCACAGCCAUAGAGUCAGUCACUUCCUCUCUGCUUCGUGAUAGCAAAGACGAGAAAUCACCUUGGGAUGAGGAUAUCGCAAAGAGAGUACCUGCAGCAAUGCUCUUCGGGGGUGCAGAUACGACUCUUUCGGCCAUCACAACAUUCAUGCUGACCAUGGUACUGUAUCCGGAAAUUCAAAGAAGGGCGCACGCAGAGAUCGACGCCAUCAUUGGCCACGAUCGCCUACCGAUCCAUUCUGACGAAGACCUGCUCCCGUAUGUCGGCGCUGUGGUGAAGGAGAUUCUGAGGUGGUCGCCUAUCGCACCCCUCGCCAUCCCUCAUAGCGUGAUGUCCGAUGACAUUUACGAAGGCUAUUUCAUUCCCGCAGGUUCAAUAGUCCUCGGCAAUUGCUGGGCCAUCCUCCACGAUGAAUCUGUAUAUCCCGAUCCCCACGUUUUCAAGCCCGAGCGCUUCCUCGGUCCUGACAACACUGCCACGACUAACUUCCCUGAUGCGGCAUUCGGAUUCGGGCGGCGGGUGUGUCCUGGCCGCUUCAUGGCGCGCGCGUCAACAUGGCUCGCAAUCACGUCUAUCCUUGCGACGUUCGAGAUAUCAAAAGCUGUCGAUGAGAGCGGAAACGAAAUCGUGCCGACAGGCGAGUACUUGAGCGGCCCUAUAACGCAUCCGGUUCCGUUCAAAUGUAGUAUUAAGCCCAGGUCCCAUGCGGCGGAGACACUGAUUCAGACAGCCUCGAUAUGAAGAUUCAGUAGCUUCGUGUGUUUUGUAGAGCAUGUACCAGUAAUUCAACUCGUCAAACAGUGU